CGCGCAUGCGCGCCGUACUGAAAAGGCCUCGGAAUGAUCGGCACGGGUUAAAAGUGACAAGGUAUUUGUCUACGGGAAUCUCGAACACAACACGCCAGUUUUGCUGUCUCUGCCCAGAUAUUUAAGAAGUGGAGCAAGGGAUUCACUUGAUCAUCCUUCCUGGUCAGACUAUGGGGAGGGAUUUACUCGAUCAUCUGACUGACUGGCAUUCCCAUCAUUUUACACAGGGGGGAGCCCAUUCAUCUGCUCAGACAGUGGGAAUGGAUUCAGUCGGUCAUCUCAACUGAAGGUACGUCAGCAAGUUCACACUGGGACAAUUCACCUGUUCUGUGUGUGAGAAGGGAUUCAGUCAGUCUUCCCACCUGUGGACACACCAGUCAGUUCACACUGGACAGAGGCUGGUCAUCUGCUGAAUUUGUGGGGAAGGAUUCACUCGGUCAUCUGACCGAAUGGCUCACCAGCGAGUUCACACUGGGGAAUGGCUGUUGCCCUGCUCAGACUGUGGGAAGGGAUUCACUUGUUCAUCUAAGCUGAAGGUACAUCAGCGAGUUCACACUGGAGAGAGGCCAUUCACCUGCUUAGACUGUGGGAAGGGAUUCAUUCGGUCAUCUAAACUGAAGGUACAUCAGAGAGUACACACUGGAGAGAGGCCAUUUACCUGCUCCGACUGUGGGAAGGGAUUCACUGAAUCAUCUCAACUGAAGGUACAUCAGCGAGUUCACACUGGAGAGAGGCCAUUCAUCUGCUCAGACUGUGGGAAGGGAUUCACUUGCUCAUCUAAACUGAAGGUACACCAGCGAGUUCACACUGGAGAGAGGCCGUUCACCUGCUCAGACUGCGGGAAGGGAUUCACUUGCUCAUCCCAACUGAAGGUACAUCAACGAGUUCACACUGGAGAGAGGCCAUUCACCUGCUCAGACUGUGGGAAGGGAUUCACUUGCUCAUCUAAACUAAGGGUACAUCAACGAGUUCACACCGGAGAGAGGCCAUUCACCUGCUCAGACUGUGGGAAGGCAUUCACUUGCUCAUCUAAACUGAAGGUACAUGAGCGAGUUCACACUGGAGAGAGGCCAUUCACCUGCUCAGACUGUGGGAAGGGAUUCACUUGUUCAUCCCAACUGAAGGUACAUCAGAGAGUUCACACCGGGGAGCGGCCUUUCACCUGCUUGGACUGUGGCAAGGGAUUCACUUUGUCAUCUGAGCUACUGAGACACCAGUCAGUUCAUACCGGGGAGAGGCCGUUCACCUGCUCAGACUGUGGGAAAGGAUUCACUCGGUUAUCCGACCUACUCGUACACCAGCGAGUUCACAUUGGGGAGCAGCCGUUCACCUGCUCGGACUGUGGGAAGGGAUUCACUUGCUCAUUUAAACUGAAGGUACACCAGCGAGUUCACACUGGAGAGAGGCCAUUCACCUGCUCAGACUGUGGGAAGGGAUUCACUUGCUCAUCCCAACUGAAGGUACAUCAGAGAGUUCACACUGGGGAGAGACCAUUCACCUGCUUGGACUGUGGGAAGGGAUUCACUUUGUCAUCUCAGCUGUUGAGACACCAGUCAGUUCACACUGGGGAGAGGCCGUUCACCUGCUCAGAAUGUGGGAAGAGAUUCACUCAGUCAUAUACCCUGAAGGCACACCAGUCAGUUCACACCGGGGAGCGGCCGUUCCCUUGCUCGGACUGUGGGAAGGGAUUCACUUGCUCAUCUAAACUGAAGUUACAUCAGCGAGUUCACACUGGAGAGAGGCCAUUCACCUGCUCAGAAUGUGGGAAGGGAUUCACUUGCUCAUCUAAACUGAAGGUACAUGAGCGAGUUCACACUGGGGAGAGGCCGAUCACCUACUCAGACUUUGGGAAGAGAUUCUCUCAGUCAAAUCAACCAAACGUGCAUCAUUGAGUUCACACUGGGGAGAGGCCUUUUACCUGCUGUGAAUGUGGGAAGCGAUUCACUCAGUCAUCUAACCUCAUGUAACUCUCGCUUCGGCUAGCAGCUUAAUAUAGGGGGUGAUAGCCCCCAGCUCGGCCAAACUCAUCUGAAAUCUCAUUUGGGUGGAUGCUGCGUGAUGAGUCAUCUGUUACAAAUCAGUACCCCGAAAUAACAAACGGUACACAAUAUGUGAUUAAAUGAUUGAGCUUUAUAAUUCUUACUUUGACUCUACGGUUAAUGAAGCAAACAAAAAAAAGGAAAAGGGCCCACUCUCACCAUUCGCGUUUUCUCAUCUC